AUGCCAGCAGGGCAGAUGAUGGAGGUAAUGGAGAGUGCUGAAGACAGGAAAAGUGGAAGAGAACUAAAAGGUGGCCUGAAGGAGCACCUACAGGCUACUGUAUGUUCCGUGCGUCACACCCCAGGCAGCGUGGCGCAUGCCCGGUCAGCACCUGGUUAUACUGCAUCAGGGGACGCACGAGUGUCACGUCCAGAAAGCCAUCAGGGUGCUGAGAACCAGAGCAACCAGGAGAGGAUACCUGCUGGAGACCCUGCAGUAAAGCUCUCUCAUGUCCACUACAUAGAGGAGGACUUGUCCAUCUUUGUUCAGAGUGCCCCCUGGAACCUGCAGAGGUUAUUGCAGCCUCAUGGCAACACCUCUAAAAACAGAACAUACCAGCCUCACUAUGAUGGAGGGAUGGCAUAACUGUAUAUGAUGGAUGGCGGUGUUCAGAGUUCUCACAGAGAGGUUGAAGGAUAAGUGCUCAUUAUGGACUUCAACAACGUCCCCGAGGAGGACGGAGUCAGAGUUCAUAGACAGGCCAACUGGUGAGACAGUCACAACACACACACUCCAGGGGUUGUGAGUGGGUUGGACUCUGGUGUUGCCUGAGGUGCUGGUGUUAAUCUGGUCUGUGUCCUCAACUGUGAGGGGAAAGGGACUGCGUCAGGAGCUCUGGCAGGUAUGGAGUUUAUCCAAGCAACUUUACUGGCCCGUCCAGUAGAUGUCGUGGUUGUUUUAUUGCCUUUCAGAUUCAGCCGUUCAUUAGACACAGCCUGUUGGGACAUGGUUGCUAAUAGAGUUGUGAUCAUCUUUGCUGCAGGGAACGUCAGAGAUGACACCUGCCUCUACUCACCUGCUUCAGAGCCUGAGGUUGUCACAGCACUGAACUCAGUGGACCAGCUCAUGUCAUAGGGAGCAGGCUGCUGCACUGACUUGUUUGCACCUGGAGAUGACAUUGUUAGUGCCAGCAGUGACUGCAGCACCUGUUUUAUUUCCUGUAGUAGAACCUCCCAGGCUGCUGCUCUACACAAACUCACACACAGACAAAUCAUAAAUAUCUGAAAACAGUGCAAUCCAUGUGUAAGUGUGUUAUAUUUUGGUUCAUGUGGGUAUAGCAGUGAUCCUGUGAUCAGAACCUGUCACUGGUGCAUGUUCUUGCAUUACUCCAUCAGUAAUACAAUCAACCUCCUCUCUGUUUGACACGCAUCUUCUCACUAAUCCAAACCUGGAAGCAGCCAUGCAUCGUGCAAACAACACACGUCAAUGACUCACAAAAAGGCCGCUCUUAACAGGAAAACAUACACCUAUGUGUGUACGUAUCUGGGAGAG